AUGCCUCCAAGAAGAGCACCUAUGCAAAGAGGGAUCAAUGCUAAUGAGGACCAAGAAUCUCCAUUCCCUCAAGGAAAUGGUCCCCUACCCGACCAAGUGACUAAUGCAGAGUUCGAGACUCCUAUCACUAUGCUAGCCCAUGUGCUGGACAAUCAAGGGGUUGAGGCCCCUCAUAAUGCUCCUACUCUAUCCUCUAGAGUGAGGGACUUUUCAAGAAUGAAUCCUCCCAAAUUCCAUGGUUUAAAAGUUGAUGACGAUCCUCAAGAAUUCAUUGACGAGGUGUAUAAGCUAGUGAGUAUUAUGAGGGUGACUUUGGAAGAGAAAGCAGAGUUGACAACCUACCAACUCAAGAAUGUUUCUCAAGUUUGGAUCGGUGGUAGUGGCUGUUCUCAACAAGGCCAAGGUUUAGGGAAAAAGUUUGUUAAGGAUAGGGUGACAUACCCUAAGGUUCAAGGAGAAGGUGUGGAUGCUAGUAGCCCUUCAUUUCCUAAGUGUGCAAAGUGUGGAAACAAUCAUAGAGGGAACUACUUGAUGGGGAUGGGUGCUUGUUAUAGAUAUGGCAAGAUGGGCCAUAAGCAAUCCAAGUGUCCUCAUGUUGCUAAAAAAGGUGUAGAAGGUCUUCCUCAAGGAGGCCAAGUGAAAUAA